AAUCAACACUGAUGUUAUUGUUAUAGUUCAAACAUUGUACUCUCUUUAUUGCAAUUUUAUUCUCGAGCAUGAUCUUUCGAUCACGGCUUGGGUCGUGACUGGCGCUAUGUGAACUUGGCUCACCUAGAAAUCCAACCUAUUUUCAUGACAAAAAUUUGGCAGUUUUUAUACUGGUAGCAUUCCAAUAAUCCUGCUUUUAACCAAUCACCACAAAAGAUCCACCAACAAAAACCACAAACACAGAGACAUUAACAAUCAAUAUUUAAUAGAAAAAUGUCAAGACAUCAUAACGAAACUGUCAAACAAAACAAUGAAAAAUAAUGCUUAUCAUAGAAAGUGUAGGGAUUACUUUGGGCAACUCUCUACUAGUGGCUAACAUAUCUUCUUUACUAGUGGCUCACAUAUCUAGAGUAGUAGUAUCAGACAUCUAACGAAUCUGUAAAGGAUGAGAAGAGGGGGUCAGUCACUGACGGGUGAGUGGGAUAACUCAACAAUAGUCGUUUUGUUUGGGGAUUAGUAUUAUACACAUACACAUACAAUUGGAAAAAACAUGUAAAGUAACAAUGAGAAGAGACUGUGAAUACACAAUAUUCGACAAAAGUGAUUUAUUAUCAGAGGUAUGAUCAGAAGCGCCUGAGUCCAUGACCUACGGUCCAAGAGUACUAGACUGGGAAACACAAGCAAAAAAAUUACCAGCAACAGAAGUAUCAGUCUGAGCAACCGGGACUACUUAUGGAGAUGUCUGCUUACUUGCUCGAUACUGAAGGAAUUCAUUAUAUUGCUUUUCAGAUAAAGAAAAUCCCUGGUUACUUGUAGUCUCGGUCUGAGCAACUUAAGCGUAUUUGGGCGGUCGACCAUGUAAAGAAUAGCACACUUCACGAAUGUGUCCAAGUUUAUUACAAUAAGAACACUUGGGUCGAGAUCUUCCAAAAUGACCUCCUCGUCUAUUCUCCAUAGUUUGAGAUGUUCGAUUUUCUACUGUUUGGGAUGCAGCAGAGGAGUCAAGUGUCUGUGAUGAGAUCACUUGGUGACUGGGUGCUGUAGCAAGGCGAAGUAAUUGAGAGAAUAAUUCAACAACUGUAGGGACAAUCGAGCUAGCCAAAAUCUGGUAACGUACUGAAUCAAGGUCAUUAGAAAGUCCAGUGGGUAUAAGAGCUAGAAACAUCUUCUGUCAUUGCUCUUGUUGCUUUUCAAUACUAGCAGAAACUGCAUCAACUUCUCAAAUUCUGCAGCAUAUACUUGUCCCAAGUAAGUAGACAUAUCCAAUUCAUGUUUCUUCAAGCUUGUCAUUCGCAAUAUCACAUCAUAGAAACGAGAUAUGUCAUUAGUGUAUAAAGUACGAGCCUUUUUCCAAACUAAAUGACAUGCCUGGAAUGGACGAAACAAAGGCAUCAACAUGGAAUCAAUAGAUCGCCCCAAGAUACUACAUAACUGAGCAUCGAUCUUUUCCCACUGUGCUUUGGCCUUUAUCUCUCCCUCACUAGCUUUUUUGGUUAAGUGAUCUUGAACACCUUGACCCUUGCACCACAGUUCAACAGAGGCAGGGUUUUGAAAAGCGGUCGUUUCCUUGCUUAAAGCGAGAAGCGAAGCGAGGCGACCCUAUGACCGCUUCUGCUAUAUGAAGCGACUUAGGUAGGCAAAAACGUGCGCUUCCCACUAAAAAGCGAGAAGCGCUGAAGCGAAGCGAGGCGACCGAAGCGAGCGAUUCCCUGUUUUAAACACAUGCCAACCUAUUUAAUUAAAAAGAAAGGUGUUCUUUUAUUAAAACAUACGAGCAACAGAGAGAAAGAGGCGACUAGGGUUCCAAGUCUUGUACACUUUUCAACUUAAACAUAUGACCAACAACAACAGGUAUGUGAUUUCUUCUUUCACUGUUUCAGCGUCCAAAUAGCAGCGAAAUACUGGCGAAUUUUUUUUCCCCUUCGGUUCUUCUUUUUCAGUCUUCUCAUCUUCGUUGAAAUGCUGCCCAGUUCUUCUUUCACUGUUUUUAUGCUGCCCAAUUUUUAACAGAAUGGUAUACUGCCCUUCCGCUUCACUUCAAAAAAGCGAGCGCUUCGCUUCUCGCUUUAAGCGAAAUGGGGGUUGUCGCUUUUCCUCGCUUUACGCUCUUUACAACACUGAACAGAGGAAGCCUAAGCUAAAUACUUUGAACUUCCCAUUAAGGGCUCUGAAGUAAUUAUGAAGCUUGAAUUUUCAGAAUCCGUGUUUUUAGGACCAAAUAUAUCAAAUCCCAAAGACAUCGUUGGAUUGGAGAGAGGUCUAGAAACAAAUAAAAAAAAUAGUCAAUUGUAUCUCACUAAAACAGGAAGGAAACACUGUUUCUGCCGGGAAAAAUCACUGUAGCUGCCGGAAAAAAUUGAAAGUGAUCGGAAUAAAAAGAAAAUAUUAUGGGUAGGUUCGGAAUUACUAGACGAUCAAACUAUCCAAAAGAAAAAAUUUCAAAAUCUGGCCGGAGUAGACCGCACACGCCAGCACGUGGGACAGACGCACUGCCAGAAACAGAUCUCCGACAGGCGCUUGGGGGCGCGUGGAGGAGUCUUUGCCGGAGAAUCUUUCUUGGGUUGGUCGCCUCUGUCUUGGGAACCUUGUGGCGGUGUUGGAUUUUGCACAACACCAAGAAAAAAGGAGGGAACACAAAUCAGCCCUAAAAAGGUCGCCGGAAUUGAAGCACGACGACUGUUUUGGCUGGGUUUUCUUUCCAGGAUGUUUUCUCACUGCCGCUCUGAUUGCAUGUGAGAAAUAAUACAUGGGAAAAAUAUUGUUUAUGUAUUAACAAUAAUACAAUGAGCUCUAUAUAUAAUACAUCUAUUCCUACUACAUAUGGGGCUAGGACUAAUUACACAUAUACAUAUUCUAACAUUCGAUAUUCAGAGGCGAGUCCUAAGCAAGAAAAAAACCUGGAAAAGAUUCUACUGGAAAUGGCUCCACAUGCCGGCACGUAACAUUGACACGUUGUCCGAGCUUUUGGUGGCUCGUGAGGGUGCGUCUAGGGGUGUUUUUAGCUGCGGCUGGUAGGGGUUUGUUCGCCAAUGCGAAGAACACCUGACGCGCAGUGAUUUAAACACUCUAAAAUCGGGGUUCUCUUCAUUUUUCACUAUUUUCAAGUUUGAGCUCGGCCUAGAAGCGAUUUGAAAGAGGUUUUUCAUCCCAACUUCAGAGGUUAGUAAAUUUUAACUUGUUUCAUUACAUUUCUAUAAACACCCAUUGAUUUUAACCUUUAAUCAAUGCUUUUUCAUGGUAGAAAUUAGAGAUUUAGGUAGAAAUUGGGGAUUGUUUGAGAAAUUGAGAUUUAGACCUCAAAAUGAGGUUGGAUUUCGAAACUAAUCACAUAACCGGGCUCGGGGGUGAAUGGGUAAUGUAUUAGUUUGUGUAUAGGACUGACAGAAGGUGGUGAAGCUGCUCGGGCCGUGACUUCGCCCAAAAAUAAUUAGAAAUAGGGAGAAAACUCAGCCUAUGGAAGCUUAGUGCUACAGAGGAAACUCAUCUCAAGAUGGUAGCAAUGGCUCGAAUGCCAUGAAAAUUUCUAGCAAGAAAAAAGCUUCUUGUAUUUGGUGUAUCUUUACAUCCGAGGAACAGUACUUAUACAAAAGGUCCUAUGACUAAUUUUGGAAAGAAAAUCAAUUACAGCUAUUACAAUAAAUCAAUUAGAAUAGGAAUUUCCUAAAUCAAGUCUCCUACAAUUAAGUUUCCUGCAAUCAAGCUAGUCAACAACUAGUCAAUAGACCAUUUGGGUCAUUACAUUUUAAGUGUGUAUCUCUGUGUUUUUAUUUGGUUUUAAAGCAUGGGCAUCAAUGAUCUUUAUAACUAGCUGGAAUGUUUACAUGAACCUGUGAUGGAAUUGAGAUUCCUUGCUGUAAAAUCAUCAGAAACCUUUUUCCGUGUGAACUAUAUCUAUGAAAUGGGAAUAACUUACACAUGUACUUGUGGUGGACAGAACGGUACUUGUACUAGUGUGAGGUAGCAGGUUCCUAGUGGAAUAGUCGUAUGCAUCGAGUUCGCCUGUAUACCACCGUACUUAAAAAAGAGGAAAUGGAAAUAACUUACACCUAAAUUAUUUUAAUUGUGGAUUGGACUGAUAUACAUUGUGAUUUCUCAGACACACACAGUUCUAGAAUAAAGUUUAAGAUGGGAAUCAAUAUCAGCUGUCAGCAGUUCCUAUGGGGUUACUCACAAGGACAUCUAACCCUACUGAUAUUUUUUUUUAUAAAGCUUUGAAUUUGAACAAACUAAUGUAGCUAUUUGUAUUUUAUUAAUUCGAAUAUAACUUAAACUUGAUAGUCCCAACUAAUUUACCUUUUCUCCUUGCGUUGAACAUUCUUCGAAAUGUUUGUCUGAGAAAAACUGCCCCUGUUUCUCUCAUGGUUUGGUUGGUUAACUUCAUGGAUGGUUGUCUUAAAUCAAGUACUUUGAUUUUUCGUUAUUGAGAUCUCAAAACUAGGAAAUUCUGUUAAUCAAUUCACAGUAGAAGAAGUUUCAUCUGAACAAUUCUGAUUGUGAAAGGAAAACUGAAAAGUAAUAGGAAAGGAACAUACGAACUCUCACGACUAUCAAAGAGGCAACAAUUACUGAGCCCCUAAACUUUUUUGACGAGGUAAUAGAUUCUAAUGUUUGAAAGGGAAAUACCCCAAUUUAGUGUUUAUACCAAGUGGAGAAAUCGCCCAUACUAGCAACAACUAUAUAAGUAUUCAAAGAAAGAAGAAAAGCAAGUACCAAAAAACAAGUUCCUUUCAAGAAGCUUUGAGAUGACGCAUCUCCAAAUAGACCAUCCACUAGAACCCCCUUCGGUGCAUUUCCCUUCAGUUGUCGAGCUCCUUAAAGAUUGGGAAACCAAAUGUCGAUGAAUAUAUGUUUUAGAAGAUCCAUAUAUUAUUGGAAGUGGAGAUGAUAUUAACAACCUUUUAUAGAAAAUUUACAGUAUUACUUCCUCCAUUCAAAUUUGCUUUCCUCUGUUUGUUUUUUGGUCCAUUCCUAAAAGAUUUGUACCUUUCUAUAUUUAGAAGUUAUCAUAUUUUUUACUUUCCCAUUCCUCUAUGUCAUGACUUGUUGUGGGUCCACAUAAUACCAAAACAAAUUAUUUGGUACAACAAUACUUUUGGUAUUUUAUUCAUAUUCAUUCCAUGUCAAAAGUUUUUCUUUAUUUUUUAACUUUGUGUCUAGUCAAAUGUGCCAAACAAGUUGGACCAGGAGUAUCAUUUAGUUAAAAAGACUGUGAUUUGGGGAAGAUCAUUGGUAAAGAACUUUCAGAAAGCUCUCAGUGCAGUUGUAUUAUGAUUUUCAAAGCCCAUGUGAAAUCACAUUUUGGAGGACAAGGGACCAAACAAAAUGAUUUUUUAAUGGGUUGUGCAAUUUUGUCUUAGCGACAGACGACCUAAGAAGGAGAAGACAAAUACUUUUCAGUUGAUGCUGCUAGUGCGGGAAAGAUGGGGAGGAUGUAGACCAUGUAUUAAUACAUUGUAGUUUUGCCACAUAACUAUGAUCCUUGAUUAUUGUAUGUUUAAGUAACAUAGUUUGGGAGUUCCUGGUGCGUAUUGGAAGCGUCCACAAGUUAGGAAAUACAAAAGAUGGUCAAUAUGAAGGACUUGUAUUGUGAGAGUAGCUCCUACAGAGUCCACUGUGGAGAGUCAAGAGCUCCUUUUUAUUUCAUUUAUAUCUUUUGCUUUGAAAUGAUACUCCAAACUGUAUAGGUGGAUGAAGUUGCUUAUCAAAAUAAGUUAUAUAGAUGGAUGAAGUUUCGGAUUUUGUUGUAAAACCAUACUUUUGUAUGUAGCGAUGCCAUUUAUUCAUUAAAUCAUUGUCUUAUUAAAAAAAAGGAUCUUUACAAACUAAAAGUUCUUUGAAAUUUGAUGAACCUACAAGGCUACAACCCUUUGCCUUCAACACUUAAAUUAACCUUAAAAAAGAAACUUCUAAUGAAUCCAAUUUGUUGAGCUAUUCGUUGUUUGAAUGUUGUACAAAAUUUUGGUUAUUCGGUCAGAAAGCAACUUCCUCUUCCUCCAGGGUUCUGUUUUCUGUUAGAAUGUUUGAGUUAUAUAUAUAGUGGUAGAAGAGUUGGGUUCUUAUGUUGCUUAUUAAUUCACAUUGGACAAAUAUCAUAUGUGUAAUGUGUCUGAUACUGUAGUUAUUAGAGCCUCUACGAUCUUGGUAGAGAAUCAAGUAGCUUCUCCCUACCAGCUGAUGGCCUUAUGUCAUUUGACUUGUUAAAGUUUUUCCUUCUUCCUUCUUUGCGGUGACCACCUUGGCUAGAAUGCCUCUUUCCGGUGACCAAUCAGGCGGCACCAUACUUCUCUGGCAGCAUCACAACUCUUUUCAUGCGUCUGCUCAAAUAGCACUAAGUCACUUUACAGCAUUGCCUUCUGGUUCUUUUUGAGAAUCUUUCUUGGAGCUGUUUUGGUAAUGCUGUGUUUCUUUUCUAUGAUCAUUCCAACUAUAUCGUGCUUCUUUCCCGUGAUUGUUGUAGAGGUGCGUGUCUCUUUUCGAUGACUGUUUCGGCGUUCGCUCUUCUUUCCUGUGAUUGUUAUGAUGGCACUUCUCUUUUUUAUGAUCGUCCAGGUACUGACGACUUUUUCUGGCAAUUGUAUCAGCAACUUGACGAGAUUCCAGCGACCACAAAUUUUCUGGUAGCUUUUUGUAGAUUUUCCAACGAAAUCUACUGCCUUAAAAAAGUCACCUAUAAGGAAUUUGUCAACUGGGUCUGUGAUGACUGUGAAGUGAAGGAGCCAGGCGAACUAAACACCAAGAAAUCUGAUGCCAUCUCAGUAGAAAAUAGGGAUUGCACUAGUUUAAGACAUUGUAAAGCAACUUCUAAAGCAAAAGUGGAUGUUCCUGAGACAAAAUUAAAGAGUUGUCAAGGUAGGGAUCAGCAACUUCAUCAGCCAGGUGCUGGGAUUGAUUCGGUAGAGAAUUGUCGUAUAGCGGGUGAUAGUCCAGUUGUGAAGAUGAGCAAGAAGAGAUCUAAUCCUGCUUCAUUAAGAGAUGAAAAAUAUGAGCAAAGACUAGUACAUUGCUCUUCUGAGCAUUCCCACGAGUCACAGACAAGCAUUGAGUGCAAUGAACAAACUCAAUCAGCUAAUGCAUCUCCAUUGCCGGCUAAGCGAUUAAAGGAAGAAGUUACUGGCCCACUGGCUAGGGAGAAAUUGCAUGCUCGCCAUUUGAAGGAACCUUGUGAGGGAGAUAUUCAGCCUGGCACACAGGAUGAUUCUUCUAGCAUGAUUGAAAAGACAAUGAGUAUGUCGUCGCGUAGCAAUCAUCAUGAAGAGGAAUCAACGAUUGGAAACGAAAGAAGAUUAACACCUCAAACUAGAACUGUUGUUAAUGGAGAUCCUUCUCAAUUUUCAAAAGGUGAACAGCCAAAUGAACAUGGUGGCCUGGACCGAGCGCAACCUCUUAUUGAUUUCAUUUGGAGGGGUAGUUUUAACAUCUGGAACAAAGAGUAUGAGACAUUUUAUGGACAAGCUCACCUUUCAGUUAAAGCAUGCCAAAAGGUUUUUGAAGAAGCAAGUUUGCUUCCAGCUUCACUUCAACUGGAAAUGCUUCCAAAAUCUGACUUAUGGCCUAAGAGUUUCACUAUAUCAGAGCCGACUGAUGAUAACAUUGCAUUGUAUUUUUUCCCAUCGGACAUAAGAUGGGAAAAGGUGUUUGAUCGGUUGGUGGAGAAGAUGAUCAGUAAUGAACUUGCUCUUCGAGCAAUAGUAACUAAUGCUGAGCUUUUGGUUUUCACUUCUACGGAACUGCCCCUGCUAUACUGGAGAUUCCAGGGUAAGCACUACCUCUGGGGUGUUUUCAGAGCAAAGCGAGAUUCCAGUAGGAAUAGUAUGAUGCGAAAUGGGAAGAGAGAAUCUGAGACUCAUCCAACUCCUGGGAAUGAAUUGGCUGUCAAAGAUGGUGGAGAUGUCGCAAAUGCCAAAACGUGGGAUCAGAGUCCUCUUAGCCCUUUGAGCAAUGCAAGCCUUGGGUCUGCCACUUCCUAAAGCGUCUCUACUCGUUGUUUUGACGCAUUUCCCUCACUUCUGUGAUCUAGCAUGCUGUUUAACUGGUCGUUAAUGCAUAUAUGGGCUGAGGGCUGAGGAUCUGGUGGUUAGGACGAAACAGCUUUUGUUUUAGAGCCAUCUGGUGGGGAGAUUCGCCCGGUUAAAGAACCUAAUGUCCUGUGGAAGGUACCUGAUUUAACAAAAGCCUUCUGUUACCUGUUGAUUUGAGGAUCACUGAACCUGCUAUAUGCAGGAGCAUGGUUUUACAGGGCCAUUUAUCUCGUAAUUUCUCCUAAUGUGAUUAUCAAAAGUCUAAUCUUUUGCAGUUGUACAUGAUUGGCCGACAUUAUUAGUCCAAACGUCACCAAAUGGUUCUCCAGGUAUUAGGGUAAAUGAAUGGGAGGAGGUUUCCCAUACAAGGCUUCAUAUGGUGUUGUCUGGAUUGCAAAGUGGAAGGUAUAAUUAUACCACCAUUCAACCAAUGGAAGAUAUGAGGCCUAAUCUUGCUGUUUGUCUUAGCAAUAACACCUUAGAUAGGUCUCCACAAUUCUAUUCAACACCUCAGCUUGGCCAUCCGAUUGUGACUGAUAAGCUGAAGAGGUGCUCAAUGUAACUCCAUUUCAUGAAAACAAUUCAUGCCAAAAUUUGCUGAUAAAGACAGAGUCUAAGUCACUGAUAAUAUUUUCUGGCAUGCCACGGAGUUUGAAUAUUUGAUCUAGAAAAACUUGGGCUACAAAAGUAGCAAGGUGGGGAUGACUGAUAGCAAUGAAAUGCUCAUAUUUGGUGAACCUAUACCACCACCAAAAUAGUAAUUUUUCCUUUUGACUUGGGUAUCCCAUCUAUAAAGUCCAUGCUAAAUAUUGAACCAUGCUGAAUAAGGGAUUGCUAAUGGCUGGAGAAACGCUGGGAAAGCUACAAUGUCAUAUUUGCUUUCUAACAUACUGCACACUUUCUCACAUAAUUGUUAACUUCAUCUCUUAGCUUCUUACAAUAGAAUAGAGACGAGAUUCUUCUAUAAGUGUUCUUCAUCCGUGAAUGCCUCUACUAGUUGAAUAAUGUCUUGUCUGAGUUGGUUGUCGUUCCCAAUCACCAACCUACCAUACCUCCUUAGUUGUUAAUUAAGGAAUAUGUAGAACUUCAAAUCCUCAUCCAGUUUCUUAAUCUUAUUGAUAAGUUUCACCAUCUUUGGAUCAUGCUCCCAACUAUCCUUAAUCCUCUGAAGAAGUGAAGGCUCAGUGGGUGCAAAAGAGACCAUAAACAAUUCAGCAGUAGGUAGCCUAGAAAGAGAAUCAUCUGCCUUAUUCUCCCUUUCCUUUUUGCACUCAAUUUCAAAAUCAAAAUGCAUGAGUUUAGCUAUCUAUUUCAUCUGUGUUCCCAUGUGCAUUUUUGUUCCAACAAGAACUUCAAAGCCUUCUGAUAUGUCCUCACUAUGAAGUGUCCUCCCAACACAUAUUAGGACCAUUUAGUGACAGUCAUCACUAAAGGUAGGAGUUCCUUGUCAUAUACUGAUAACCCAUGGUGCCUGACUUAUAAUCCUUUACUUUACUGAGAUAUGCCAAUGGAUGGCCUUCUUGCAUCAACACUGCCCCAAUCCCAUGUGACAAACAUCUAUCUCCACAACAAACAACAAAGAGCUAUUUGGGAGAGCUAAAACGGGUGCACUAGUCAGUGCUUCCUUCAACAUAUUAAAGCUUGAAGUGGCCAUUUCAUCCCAGUAGAACCCCUCCUUCAACAAGCCUGCGAGUGGUUUGAUUAUAAUGCCAUACCUCCAAAUAAACCUCCUAUAGUAUCUAGCAAAUCCCAAGAAAUCCAUUAGCUCCUUCACAGAUUUAGUAAUUGGCCACCACUGGACAACUGCUAUCUUCUUAGGAGCAGUGGAAUAUCCCUUCUGCUGAGAUAAAAUGGCCAAAAUACUCUACUCUUCUAGCCCCAAAAGAGCAAUUAUACUUCUUGACAAAUAAUUUGUGUUGAACCAAUAAAUUAAAAGUGAUUCUCAAAUGUUGCUAGUGUUCUUCAAAGAUGCUUCUCUACACCAGUAUAUCAUAAAAAAAAUACCAAGAUGAACUUCCUAAGAUAGUCCUUGGAUACAUGGUUCAUAAGACUUUGUAAACUUGAGGGGGCAUUAGUAAGGCCAAAUGGCAUUACGAAGUACUCAAAAUGACCAGAGUGAGUUGUACAAGCAGUCUUCUGAACAUCUUCUUGCCAUUCUUAUAUGAUGAUAGCCUGACCUCAAAUCCAACUUUGAAUAAAUCUUGGAUCUACCUAGCUCAUCCAACAAUUCCUCUAUGAUUGGAACUGGAAACUUGUCCUUGACUGUCAUUUUGUUAAGUGCUCAGUAGUCAACACAUAGUCUCCAAGAGCCAUCCUUCUUCCCUAUACCAAUACCAUAAGUGAAGCAUAAGGACUAGAACUGGGAUGCAUUAUGCCUUAGUUCAACAUCUUCUUAACCAACAGCUCUAUGAUAUUCUUUUGGCUUGAAGAAUGCAUAUAUGGCCUAGCAUUCACUGGAUUCCUACCUUGUUGCAGUGGGAUUUUAUGAUAAAAAAUUCCUCUAAAAGGGAAAAGUUCUUUUGAAUCAGAAAAUAGCCGAUGAUACUCAUCAGUAAGAGUUAAGAUAUGAGGACGAGUUUCUCUAGAUCCUUCUACAACUUCCUCCUCUAUUGAUAACACCCUGCUCAUGAACAAUUGGCUACCUGUUUGAGCCAAUUUAUAUAGCCUCUUAGCCUCCACUGUCCUGGUCCCCUUCCUUGAUACAUAAAUCCUAAAGUUAAUUUCUGGAAACUCAGCUGGAAAUCACCAAGAGGUAAAAGGCACUGUACACCUACGAACAUAUCACAUGACCCAAGUGACAAUAACAAGAAAUCAACAGUGACAUUAUCCAAGUGAAACCAUCAGCAACAUUAACUGAUUGAUUGCAUAAAAUACUUCAGCUUCCUAGCUAGCUCAUAGUCAAUAAAAUUAUGUGACCUACCAUGAUCAACCAAGAUACUCAAGGGCCUACUUUCAGAAUAUCUUGUCACCCUCAAGGUAUGGGAACCUGGAACCCCGUUCAGUGCAUGAAUAGAGAUCUCACAAGUUUUCUCCUACUAUUCCUCAAGAUCUGCUUCUACCACUUCUUGCUCUACUAGUUCCUUCUCUACGAUUGGCUCAGGAUCCUCAUUAACUUCCAAUAAAUACAAUUGUUUGGAAGUGUUACACUUGUGACCAACGACAAACUUUUCAUCACAAAAGAAGCAUAACCCCUUUUGCCUUUUCUCACUCAUCUCAGCCGGAGUAAGUUUCCUGGUGAUACUCCUAUUUAAAUUGACAAUAAGGUCAUUCUUACUGAUUCUCUUCUCAUCUGAAUGUUGUACCCUUGGGCACUGAACUAUAAGAGCCUCCUCUAGAAUGAGAUGACCCUCAACUAAAUAAGCCUUAGUUACUUUCAACUGAGCCAUAAGCUGAGCUUUAGUAUUUCUGGCCAACUGAUAUGUUUGGGGCAAGAAUAAGGCCUGUAGUUCUUGAUUGUGAAGCCAAUCUCAGAUUUUAGGCCAGUGAUAAAGGAAGUAAUUGCAUAUUCAGGAAGAAUGACUAGCCUAGUCAUUUCAAACUCUCUCUAAUUAUCUUCUACUAGCCUUGUUCGCUCAAUCAACUUAAUUUCAGCCAUAGGGUCUGCAU